GGUGCAAUCCUUCUGUCCACACACUUUUCCCUCGUUAGAUUUCAAUCCCACCACAAUUCAUUUGCUCCUUCACCCGUAAAAGUCCCAUAUAGAUAUAAAGGACCAAUCCCCAACCUGAAAAGCCCAAUUCCAGUUGAGGACGAUCCAGACCCGUAUCAAAAUAUCCCACCGCUCCGGUGCUCAAAAGGAAACAAUAGUAAUAUGGAAAAGAUGGGUGAGGCUAAUCCCAAUUUGGACGAGUUUUUUCCGGAGAAGAAGCGUGUCAGGAACCCUCUUGUACCUGUUGGUGCACUAAUUACAGCUGGAGUGCUCACGGCUGGCUUAAUAAGUUUCAGACAAGGCAAUUCUCAGUUGGGUCAGAAGCUAAUGAGAGCUCGUGUGAUUGUACAAGGUGCUACAGUAGCACUCAUGGUUGGUACUGCUUACUACUAUGGGGGGAAUCCCUGGCGACCAAGAUAAUUCUUCUGUAAACUGCUCUUGAUGUUCUUGAGGGAGGAAAAAAUAAAAUAAAAUAAAAUAAAUUCCAUAACAUUAAGCCUCCUCUCUUCUUCACACAAGUUUUUCCAAUAUUUUAUGUGUUUGUCAGAUUCUCUUCAUUUCUCUCUUUUUCAUUAAAAUUUCAUUUCUUUUUCAAGUUAA